AUGGGACAAGUUCAGGCAUGGGCAGCCAUUCUGCUACCUCUCCUUCUUGGAUUUUAUAUAUACAUUAACGACAUCCGUCUGAAGACUCUCCCUUCGUCUAUCGCCUCUCUUUCAAAACGAUGCACACCUCAGAAUGUCCGCUCCAUGUCAGCUCGAUUGGCCACUGAAAAACCUAUCUCAAUAAAGGAUCAACUACCACCGAAAACGGGGCGCAGGUACAUCAUUGUCGGAGGGGGUGGUUUCCUAGGUUCAUGGAUCGUGCAACAACUUUUGGAACGCGGCGAGGAUCAUAAGCGCGUACGGCUGCUUGACUUGAGCCCACCCCACAACUACGCUAUCAAAGAAGCCCUUUCGCGAGGUGUCCAGUUCAUCAAGAUCGACGUAGCAAACCCCGUUUCACUCGGAGCUGGUUUCAACGCCCCCUGGGAUGACGGCCACCUCCUUAGGGAUGGCGAAACCGAGCCAGAAAUUACCGUAUUCCACACUGCAGCGAACAUUCGGUUCUACGAGCGGCAUGCCAUGUUCUUGGACCGCUCGAUUCGGGUCAAUGUGGCUGGAACGCAGAACGUCAUCGACGCAGCGCGUUCGGUUGGUGCCACCGCCCUCAUAUAUACCUCCUCUGGCUCAGUCGGACUGCGCGAUACCCGCCUUUUACUAUGGCCUUGGGAGUCGGAGCCGACACACUUUGUACAGCCAAUUGUAGAAGACGAUGAGAGGUGUAUACCCAAGCGGCACGAGGACUUUUUCUCGAACUAUGCUGCUUCGAAAUGGGAGGCGGAAAAACUUGUCAGAGGGGCGGAUAAGCUGCCUACGGGUACCGCUGAAAAUGGGAGGGUGCUCAAGACGGGCUGCAUUCGUCCUGGAAAUGGCAUCUUUGGUCCUGGAGGGGACUUUAUGUGUGGUUACUACCUCAGCAGAGGGGGAGUCCCCACUUGGAAUCCGAAUGUCAUGCAGUCGUUUUCGUAUGUCGAAAACUGCGCCUGUGCCCAUCUUUGCUACGAACAGCGCCUCAUUGAACUGCAGUCUCCCGGCAGCCAGAGACAAAGGAAUCCAGAUAUUGGUGGUCAAUCGUUCUAUAUCUCCGACCCAGGUCCGAUACCCACUUACGGCGAUGUGUAUACUGCCCUCUCCACGUUGUGCGAUGGGGAGUGCCGUUUUACCUCUAUAUCUCCCACCGGUAUGCUGAUGUUCGCCCAUCUCAUCGAAGGAUAUUACAUCAUCCGCCAUACCCUAAUCACCUCCACUUGGUCAUUGACGCGUCUAAUCGCGCAAAAACUGUUACCGCCAGUCCAAGGCGAUCUUCUCACCUUCCAGCCGUCAUUGUUCACUUUAACAUCUGUGCAUAUGCUAUUCGAUGAUUCUCGGGCGAGGUUGUCCCCGGAGAAAGGCGGGUUAGGUUAUCAAGGUGCUUGGACGACGCUGGAAGGAAUUUACAAGACGUGUGUCGAGCAUAAGAGUAGCAUGGGGCGCUCGAACGCUAGUCCGCACACUGUUGGGUUCAUGAAGGCGAAGACGAUGGAAGUGGUGAAUGGGAGCCAACUAAAGGUCGUUAAAGGGGAGACGACUGUUGAGAUUGGUCCGAUGGAGGUGAUGACGGUGAAGCAAUAA